CCAUUGACCAGGCUCGGUUGAGAAGUGCGGUUGGAGUGUGAGAGGGUCGCGGCCGAGGCUGACUGAUGGUCUGACAGAUGAAAUAGCGAAAAUACAGAAAGAGAAGACGGGCGUCCUCCUCCCUCAGAAAACAAUGUUCCCUAAAGGCAAAGUGUCCGCUGUACCGUCGGAUGGCCAAGCACGGGAAAAGUUAGCUUUAUACGUCUAUGAAUAUUUGUUACACAUAGGAGCACAGAAGUCAGCACAGACCUUUUUAUCAGAGAUACGAUGGGAAAAGAACAUCACACUCGGGGAACCACCUGGGUUCCUACACUCUUGGUGGUGUGUAUUUUGGGACCUGUAUUGUGCCGCACCAGAGAGAAGAGAGACAUGUGACCACUCCAGUGAAGCGAAAGCCUUCCAUGAUUAUGUGAGUUCUGCUCCUCAUGAGGCUUGCUGCUGCACAUGUUGCUGGUGUUCUGCUCACAAGCCUGGGGCAGUAUUUAUAAAGGGUCUCAGAGUAGGAGUGUUGACCUGGGAUCAGGUCCCCUCCUGAACAUAAUUGUUUUGAAGAUGAUCUAAAACUGGAAACUGAUCUUAGAUCAGCACUCUUACUCCGAGACCCUUUAUAAAUACGGACCCUGGUUUCAUUUGCAGCUACUACAUUUUCAAAUGUAGAAAGAGAUUGCACCCAGAUGGGCCUCAGCCCAGUUUACGUAAAACAUUUAAAUUUUCCAUCAGUCCCUUUUUUGUUUAUGUAGGCCUGUCUUCCUUAUUCCACCAUCAUACAGUUUUGAUGCCAUGUGUAGUGGCAAUGGGGAGAUGUUGUUCUGAUUUGUUUCUACUCUUAAUUUAAAUGGACCCCCCCCCCCCCCCCAAAAAAAGUGGAUUUGGACAUGUUUUAGUGUGAAAAUGUAAGUAGGGACCUUGCAUCAACCUCAGUGUGGAUAUUAAUUGUGACAUAUGCAAUAACAUUUAGUUUCAAUAUUUUAUUUAUUUAAUAAAAAUUAAGUACCUUGAGCUUAAAAGUUUAUUACAAAAAAUGUCAAAAUAAAACUUUUUUGUGGGUUGGGGGGGGCAGUUAUUCUGGUGAUUGGGGGGGAAAAUGCCCCUUUUCUAAAAACAUUUAAUUGAAUAUCUAAAGUGUAAACUGUAGCCACUUAUUUCCCUUUGCUUUUUUUGUGUCAGCAACUGGACAUUGUUUUUAGGGGGGCUAGUUACCCCAUGUUACCUUACACUUCUGCUUAUAGAUGUUUCCAAUAAUAAAUGCUUAUUUUU